GUAAAAUCCAUAAUCUUUCCUAAUGAUCGGAAAAAUCAGAUGAUCAGUAGGAAAACACGGAUUUGCGAGUCGUAACGUAUAAGAAAAUCACGAGGGGAAGAAAACAACGUAGAAGUCUGCGAUGUUUCAUCUUAGCGCCGUUCUCUGGAUGCUUAUCUCAGCCGGAUUCCUAGAAAGUUUUUUAACCGCUGCGCUUCCGGUUGAGAUCAAACUAGUCGAAGAAAACCAACGAACGAAAAGGGUCGCGUAAUUCUUACGGAAGGAUGGCGAGGAGAGAGGCGUCGGGGGGUUGCCAAAAGGCAGAGGCGGAACUAUCAAACAUAAGAAAGUCACCAUGAAGGGGACGACCACCGCCAGAAUCACGGCAGUGCGGGAAGGUUUGGAGGGAUGAUGUCUAACGCCAAACCUUCUCCUUCAUCUGCCCUUCCUUCUUCCUCCUCACUGUCGACGCAGAUUCUCUCUGCUUCAUUCAAUCAAGAUGGAAGCUGCUUCGCAAUCGGAACGACCGACGGGUUCAAGAUUUUUAAUGCCAAAAGCGGGAGACUUUGCUACGAAAGAGAGUGUGGUGCUCUAUGCAUUGUGGAAAUGCUCUACAGCUCAAGCCUUCUUGCUAUUGUUGGUGCUGGGGAGCAGCCAUCAUUAUCUCCACGCCGACUUUGUCUAUUCAAUACAGUUAAAGGGACCGCUUUGAGAGAUCUGAACUUCUUGACAUCAGUUCUUGCCGUUCGCGUAAACAAAAAAAGGUUGAUUGUUGUAUUGUGUGACAAAGCAUACAUCUAUGAUUCAAACAGUCUUGCGAUCCUGGACACAAUUGACACGGUUCCUAAUCCAAAAGGGCUUUGUGCUUUCUCUUGUAGCGUGGAUGGAUGUUAUUUGGCUCUUCCAGCAAGUACAAGUAAAGGAUCUGUGUUGCUAUACAAUGCAAUGGAGCUGCAUUCACACUGUCAGAUAGAUGCCCAUCAGUCACCAUUGGCUGCCCUUGUUCUUUCAGUUGAUGGUACAUAUAUUGGGACAGCUUCUGAGCAGGGGACAAUAAUCAGAGUUCAUCUAGUUUCUCAGCCGGCAAAGUCAUAUAAUUUUCGAAGAGGGACAUAUCCAUCAACUAUUACAUCUUUGUCAUUUGGAUCAUCAAAACAAGCUCCAAACUUGCUUGUCGCAACCACCUCUACUGGUUCUGUUCAUGUUUUCUCCAUUGGACCAGUUAUAAACCGAAGGCCAAAGAGAUCGGUCAGUCUGCUUACAACAAUAAUUCCUGAUAAAAUAAGUGAUGCACUUGAUCCUGGCCAUCAUUUUGUUCUCCAAAAUGCUAUUCCAGCUGGUGUAAAGAGCUGUGCAACAAUUCAUGUCAAUGAUGAAGCUUUUGCUGGUCCAUCUGUUACAUCACGUGCCACAUCUAGGGCGUCAAUUUUCAUCCUAUCAUACAAUGGCUAUUUCCAGGAGUACAGUUUAACUCUAAACGAUUCAGGCAUCUCGACAUGGAAGCUGGAGCGUGAAUUUAAUUUACUGAUAAGGAUGUAAUAUAAUGUUGAAAGCCUUUUUCUUUUUGUAUGUACAUAUGGCGACUGUUGUUAAUAGCAUGCACUUUUUUCCCUGGCAAUGAUGUUUUCUGGA